AUGUCAUCAGAUUUAAGGAAAACUACUAAGGAGCAAGGUAUGUUUAUACAAAAAAUAAAGAUUGAUACAAAAAUACCAAAUGCUAACUCUUUUCAAGACCACAAAUCAUUUGAGUCUAUACUACCGGACUUAUUCAAAGUUUAUGAACAAACAAAUGCUGCCAUAUUGCAGGAAAAUGCUAUACCAACAAAAAUCAGAGAUUUCAAAGAUUAUACAAGUAUAAAGAGCAAAUAUGAGAAUAAUGAAUAUGCUUCAUCACCGUACAAAUUGUAUAAUGACAUCAAAGAGGUUUCUUCAAAUUUAAUAAAUAAGGACAACAUUGGAUCGAAAGAGUAUACAGAAAUUGAUUUCUUCUAUAAAUUUGCAACCGAAUUAUUACUAAGAGAAGUAGGGAAUAUAGUAGAAUCAUAUCUGUCCCAAGAGAUCAUCAAAAAUGAUCUCGAAAGUCAACUAGAAGAAGAUUUUAAUCAAAUACUAAACUCAUAUACCCUAGAUAAUGGUGAAAUAAUAACCUUCAUAUCCAAAUCAGAAGAGAUCGAUCAAAACGUGCAAUCAAGCAUAUAUAAUCCACAUCAUCCACCACCAAUAAAACAGAAAAUCCAACCACUAUUUUCAUCAAUAAUCAAAAAAUCGAGUCUAGAUAAUAAACCAACUUUUGUCAAUGAGCCAUUUUCGAUAUCCAAAAUAACUCCAUCUAUAAAGGAUAUUAAAACCAAUUCGUUGCUUGAAUCUGUAUCUCAACCAAGUCCAGCUUUGUAUUCUCCUUUGAAUGAAACACCUCAGAUACUUGCAGGUUAUUUUCAUCCAACUUGGUAUACAGUCGCAAUGCCAACAUGGUUGAACCACAAAGCACUUCAAUUAAAGUCCAAGCAAUUAGAUGUUAGUAGCAAUUUGCCACAAUUGAGUAUCUUCAAUCAAAACCAACAAGAUCAAAUGAUGUCAUUGAAUUCAUCAUCUAGAAACUUGCCUACCAUCUGGGGAUCGGGAGAAAUAUACAGAUCAUUUGCUCCUCAUGUUGACAGCUCGAGCACGGCUGUAACUGACAGGCUUAGAAGCACCAUAUGGUUAAAUCAUAUAGGAAAAGAAACUAUUGCUCGAUUGAAAAAGAGAUUUAUCAACCGUGUAUCUGGCAAGUCUGCUAUACCUUUACCUGCAUCCGAAUCUGAGGAUGUUCAAAUGAAAGAGUUAGAAACUGAAGAACAUAACAAUAAGGAUGUUGGAUUUAGGGAUGUCGAAAGUCAGUCCACUGAAAUUGAUUUAUCUAAAAUUUACAAAUGGGACCCAUUAGAGAUGGAAAAUUUGAGGUUUUUGAAAGCUCAUGAAAAGGAUAUAAGAUCACCUUCCAAAUUACAAAAACUUAUAUCCGACAAUUUGUUGAAAUUAAAUGCAUUACGUCAAGAUAGAUAUCAUAGAAGUGACCCAAGAAAUCCCUUAUCACCAAAUGAUGAAGAAAAGCAACUCCACAACAGGCUUCAGCGUUUAUUUAUAGUGGCAAUAAAAUUGUACAAAAUUCAACCCAGUGAUUUCAAAAGUAAAAUCAGUAACAAACUUCCAGUCUUGGUUAGCGAAUAUGCUGGUUCUUUACCAGGUAUACCCAAUAGUAGUGCAAUAAAUGGAUCCUUGGUGCAAACAAAUAACAUCGCAAAGCCAAGCAGUAGGUUACAAGGUUUAAGAACUCCAAGUGCUAAAGGUGGAAAAAGAAUAAAUUUUAGGCAAUGA